UUCGCGAUCCCUCAUUAAGGGUAAACAAGUUGAAGCGAGCUCGCUGUGUCACAAGCCAUUCAGUCAUUUUCUUUGCUCGUUUGUUGCAUCAUAGCUGCAUUUAUCGGUGACAGGAGAGCUUUUUUUUAAAAAAAAUAAAAUCUUAUAAUUAUUUUUAAGCCAUAGAAGUCGUCUGCUACAGUUAGUGUACUAUCCGAGAUAGCAAGGAGUACGUUUAGUUUGUACACCGCCGUCAAAUGGAUCGAAUUCUGUCUGGCCCUUAACUUAGAACUUGGAUAGUAACCCCGGAGAGACAGAACAUGGACACGCCACAGUAUCCCGGCUACCCAUCACACUACUGGUACCCCCAGUCGCAUUCCACUGGACACUAUGCAAAUACCUACCCCUCUGAAUCUGAUGGCCAGCCACGGUAUAAUCCUCAGGAAAUUCCUGGAGGUUAUCCAAACGGCCAUGGCGUCUACAACCCGGCAGCACAGAGUCAAUAUUCCACGAGUGGUUUCCAUCCAUCCAACCCUUUCUACUGUGCUAACCCUCAGAGACCUCCUGCAGCUUCUUACUCUAACCAGAGCUGUCCGGCGGAGCAAAGCAGUGGGGAAGCUGGACAGCCGCACUCUCAAAGUCAUCACUAUCCCGGUAUACACUGUCAAGGGGGUCCUGGAUAUCCUCCGGGAGCGUACUCUUACUACAGUGAAGGUGCUCAUCCAAUGACUCCAAACACGCUGUAUCCCAGCGGCCAGUCUCUGCACCCCAACUCCCAGGCUGACACUUGGCCACACGCCGGGACAUAUGCAGCCUCUCAGCAGCAGUGGCAGCCAGGCCAGCAGCUUGCUCAAAGCCAUUAUGGAAAUCCUCUACGUCCGCUACACCCUCCGGCUUGGCCAGGGACCGGAACCGGUGCUCCACCACCUUACCAGCCUAAGGACCAACACCAGCAGCACACCCCACAAUUGGGACCUGCGCCCAGGCUGCCAACAUCCCCCCACCACAGCAAUGGGAAACCUAUCGAAAUUAGUUCACCUCCCCAAAUCUACAACAAAACUGGGCGAAUUGAUCAAAAUCACUCCCAAGGUGAGCCCCCACCCUCUGCCCCCACCCAAUGUCCAGCUCCGGGCAACGCCGGAGCUCAGCCCGUGAGCGACAACCCCAGCUUAGCUCGGGUCCAGCAAAUCAUGGCUCGAGUGCUACUUCUUCAGGAAGACGUCGACGAGUUUGUGGGGAAGAAAACAGACAAGAGUUAUCGAUGCCUGGAGGAACUUCUUACCAAAGAGCUGCUUGAGCUGGACUCUGUGGAGACACGGGGACUUGAAAAUGUCCGUCAAGCGCGAAAGGAGGCCGUGCAGAGGAUCCAGGCCAUUCUGGACCAGCUGGAGAAGAAAGCGUUCUAAAGGGGGUCAUGAACCAGCGUGUUCGUCCUCCAGAUCCAACGAAGUCCAAAUACAUUUUUCAAAAAUAACCCAGGAGGCUGUUGGUCUGUGUGAGCAGUGCCGAUACGGUGGAUGAACAAACUUUUUUUGUAGAUAUCAUCAAAACAAACUUUCAAAUCA